AUGUGUAUAUAUCGAGUCAUCAGUAAUAAGAACAAUCGGAUUUCCAUUAGGUGCGACGCCGCGGUGGCCAAGAAAGAUGCUCCCGAGGCUUCCGGUGAGAAGUUUGAGUACCAAGCCGAGGGUAGCCAACUUUUAGAUUUGAUUGUUAAUAGUGUUUACAGCAACAAGGAAGUUUUCCUCCAAGAGCUUGUCAGCAAUGCUAGUGACGCUUUUGAUAAGUUCAGAUUCCUGAGUGUUACUGAUCCUAAAUUUCUUGGAGAUGCUGGUGAACUAGAGAUUCGGAUCAAACCAUAUGCAAAUAAUGGAACCAUCACAAUAAUAGAUACUGCAUUGUGGGACUGCAAAAUUUUUGAAGGCUUUCAAGGAAAACAAGUUAUUGGAGCUGAUAAUGCAUUGAUUGGUCAAUUUGGUGUUGGGUUCUACUUUGCGUUUCUUGUUGCUCAGAAGGUAGUGGUGACGACUAGGAGCCCGAAAUCUUACAAGCAAUAUGUUUGGAAAGUAGAAGUAGAAGCAGACAUCAUUUCUUGGCCGUGGACCAAAAUUACACUGUAUCUGAAGGAAGAUGACAAAUAUGAAUUCUCAGAUCCAACCAGAAGUCAGGGAUUGGUGAAAAAUUACUCUCAAUGUGUUGCAUCUAUUUUUUGUUUAUGUAUCUCUUAG